UUGCUUGUACUACGAUUCAAUCGGUAGAAAAAUAAAUUUCUUAUGCUGAGAUAACCUUCGACGGAAAAAUAAAUUCUUCUUCCUCCCCGCUCCUUGGCAGCCGCCAUUCUCUCCCCUCAUCCUCUCCUCUCUCCAACCGCCCCCUCUUCUUCUCCCCUUCCCCUUUACCUUCGUCCUCUCCAUUUUUCCGGCGAGAAGCAGCAGCUCCGGCGCCACCCUCUUCCUCCCUCCUCUCUUCUUUCUUCCUCUCUCCCCCUCCCGACUCUUCUCCACAGAAGUCCUGCUAGGAGCAGCAGCAAACAGCAGCGCCGGCGAGGAGCACGCCAGCCGACAGCCCGCUCGUCCCCUCCCUUCUCCCGGCGAGUUUCAGGCAACCAACAACCGUCAGCAAGAGCUGGACGGCGUCCAGCGAGGCAGCAGCUCCGACCAGCGACGCAGGGACGCCGAGCAACACCUACAAAUCGGUUUAGUCAGUUUAGAGCUUUGUGAUCUUGGUUUAUUAAAUAGGUCUGCUAAGGUUCAUCUCAGAUUGGGCCCAUGCUCAACGCAGGAACCCCUCACAUAUUUUUGAAAAGACAAUAAACAAUUUACAUUUGGUUUUGCGGGAGAAUCCAAGGAGUAUGAGAUACAAUUUCGAGGAGGAGGAUGGUGGCCGUCAAUCUGAAGAUGUGGAAUGGCUACCCUUACAACACCACCCUGUCUUUUCUACUCCGCCGGAUAGGGAUAGGGAUGGAGACAGGGCCUUGACAUUACCCAAAAAUCUUUUAGCUUGGGACGGAGCUUCUCGUCUCUACUUUUGGGACUCUUACAAAACAUGUCUGCAUCGACUCUCUGUUCGAUUGGGCGAACCCGAUCCUACUUCUCUCCUUGCAGCUUCUCCCUCUAAGGUACUGCAAGCUGAUGUGCAAUUGAAUUCUGAGGUUCAACGAAUUUCCAUUAACAGAAAUGGAUCAGCACUGUUCCUAGUUGGCUUGGAUGGUUUAUACGUCAUGUAUCUCUAUGGGAGGACUUCGACAAAAGAAAGUACAAUUAUUUGCCGGACAGUUCUAGUUGGUUCAGAGAUCUACUUUGACAGAAACAAUGCAAUACGCACGUUGAAGGUUUGUUGGCACCCUUACAGUGACACCCAUCUUGGAAUUCUCUCUUCUGAUUCGGUUUUCAGGGUUUUCGAUUUGUCUUCGGCCCUUGGCCAGCCAGAGCAGGAGUAUUAUCUACAGCCCGUGGAGCCUGGCAGUUCGCACAAUGCUACAGCAAUCUGCCCUGUCGAUUUUUCUUUUGGGGGUGAUCAUAUGUGGGACAGGUUCAGUGUUUUCAUCUUGUUUAGUGAUGGCUCAGUUUACAUCUUAUGUCCUGUUGUUCCAUUUGGAAGUGUGUACAAAUGGGAAUCUGUACUGGAGUUAUAUAGUGAUGCUCACAUGUUUGGUCUGAAAUCAGCGAAUUCAAAAGCUGUGAAAAACUCAAAUUUGGCAAUCUCUUGGUUGGGAGCAACAUUUCCUGAACUAACUCGGGAAGAAGUUCAUGCAGAAAAUGCUGCUGUUCUUAGAGCUCAACCUUAUGCUUUAUUUGAUGCAUCAAUCUCAUUACAGGGACCUUUAAGUAAAGUAAGUCAUGGUGUUGAAGAUGACUCAGUUCAUCCUCCAGUUUAUGAAGGGCGUGCUGUCAGUUUUCUUUAUGAUUUAGUUAGCAAAGAUUCUAUCCUAGUAACUGCUUGGAGUAGGGGGCAGUUGCAGAUAGAUGCUUUAGCUGAUGAAGUGCAGCCUGUCUGGAAGGUUAGUAGUCCACCUCGGGUAUGUCUGGAUUCAACUGAUAGUAUAGUUGGGCUUGCAAUGAUUUGCGAGUCAUUGUCAAGUGACACCUCCAUUUUGAAGCUUGAUGUGCCACCAGAUCAUACUUUAUGGUUGGGGCAUCCACCUCCUCUUCUGAGGUUGGCUAUUGUGGAUUUAGCUCUGCCCAGAAGAAGCAGUUCUGUUUUAUCAAUGUUUGUUGAUCCCAUUAUUUCAGAAAGAAUAUAUUGCCUUCAUGAAGGAGGAAUUGAUUCAGUAGUGUUGCACUUUUUGCCUUUCACUAAUCAGACUCGUGGCAAAGAAGACAUGAUGAGAAGUCCCUCUGUGCAUCCUGUUCUUAGCACUUCCCAAGGAGAAGCAUCCUCAGCCAGCCCACUUUCUGGUUUCUUGGCUCUAUCAGAUUCUUUUGGAGAUUCAUGGAUUGUGGGUCUUACCCCUUCUAAUGAGUGUAUAAUGGUUGAGAUGGAGACUUGGAAUACACUUCUUCCCCCAAUUAUUGAUAAGGUUGACAAACUCAUAGGUGCAGAAGUGCCAAAAGAUACAGAUUCUACUAUCAUAAGCAAAGAGCUCCUAACUGGGCCCAGGGUAGUUCUUUUGCCUCCUUCAUCACCUCAUUUGCGCUCAGUUUCUGCGGAUUCAAUUGAAGGCCGAUCAACCCUUCAUCAAUAUUUCAAGCUUUUUCAUGAAAACUAUGUGGAAUAUGCCCACAAGGUGUACUUUGAGCUUCAACAUCAUGCACCUCAUGUAAAAAAGAUCAUUGAUGAUCAGUAUUCUCGAUUAUGCAAAGCACAGCAAAAGAUUUUGGAAGUUGAAAGGAAACAGGAAAAGAUCGAGGAUCGUGUUGAGCAUGCAGUUCGGUUUCACGGUGAGCUAGAAGAGCGCUUGCAAAGCCUUAGACACCUGCCGGCAGCACAUAAGACAUCUCUAUCUAAAGCUGAACGAGAGUUUAAGUCUGAACUUGACAGAUUUAGGGGAGUGGAGUUGGAUGCUCUACGCUCUUCUAUUGAAGCAGUAAAUGCCAGGUUGAAAAGAUACACACAUUCUCUACAGCCCAGCCAGUCAAAUGAAGAGCGACAAGUAUCAGUGAGGAGAAAAGUGCGUGUCCAAGAAAAUGAAAUGUCACUGCUGAAAGCAUCACUUGAAAAGCUGUCAGUCAUGAACAGUGAAAAUGCAAAGAAGGUUAAAGUAGUUGAAUCGGCGCUGAAAGGCCGUGAAAUAGGCACUUGAUGAUAUGUAGGAUUGUAUGUUGAUUUUUGUUUGUGAUGCACAAGUCUAAAGUUGUUGGUUAGUGUGUUGAUACCCAGCUUGAUUGCCUUUGUGACUAGUAAGUGUGUUAGGUACAAGAUGGGAUACUUUAAAGUGAUAUGAGCAUUGGAAGUAGCUUUAGGCUUUUUAUUAAUUUCCUCCACA